AUGAGACUAGCAGGACCUCUUCGUGGCGUCAUUAUCAUCUUGACAGCUGGCCUCACCUGGAUCCUCGUCAGUGUCUUGCUGGGCACCCAGAGCGGCUUCUCUUGCCUGCAGCAGCUCCUCAACAAUCCCGAGAAUCCUCCCAGCACAGUGCCCUAUGCCCCAAUCAGCUCUCCUGCCACCUUCUCAUUGUGUGUCUCCUGUCUCGCUACUGCCUGUCCAGAGCCCAGGCCCAAUAAGUACAAGUGUGGGCUGCCCCAGGCCUGCCUGGACCAGACUUUCACCUUUAAGAUCACCAGUGGCACGGCGAAUGUCAUCGGGCCCAAGAUCUGUCUAGAGGAUAAGAUGCUAAUGAGCAGCGUGAAGAACAACAUGGGCCGGGGCCUGAACAUUGCACUUAUGAACAGAGUGAAUGGAGAGCUGAUAGACGCAAAGUCCUUCAAUAUGUGGGCAGGAGAUGUGACCGAGCUGUUAAAAUUCAUCCGGCCGCUGCAUGAGGGGACGCUGGUAUUCAUGGCCUCGUACGACGACCCUGCCACAAAAACAUCUGGACCAUUAAGAUCAGCUUUAUGGGAACACCUAAUACAGAUGGGCAACACCAGCCCGUGA